GCCGAAGUCGAUUGAGUUGACUUGUUAGUCUAAGAGCCAGUUCUCUGCUAUUUUAGGGUUUCCAUUGUUGGGGUCUCACAUCGGCAGCUGCAGCCUCGCCUCUUCGGAGUCUCGAACAGCGAAAAUGCCGUCGCACAAGACCUUCAGGAUCAAGAAGAAGCUCGCGAAGAAGAUGAGGCAGAACAGGCCCAUCCCUCACUGGAUCCGUAUGAGGACUGACAACACCAUCAGGUACAAUGCCAAGCGCAGGCACUGGCGCCGCACCAAGCUAGGGUUCUAAGGUGGAGAUGAGCCCAUUUGAGUUCAAAUUUUAGAAUGUUAUUUCAGUUUAUUAUGCAAGAAUUGAGAUGUUUAUUUGAUUUUGGGGACUCCUUUGGAGUUUAUUUAGAAGUGUUUUUGGUGACUUGGUUUUUGGAUUGUAGCCCAUCUUUUUGUGUCAACAAAUGUCUUUGACUUGUUUUAGCUUAAUUUGAUUCGUCUUUCAUGUUAAA